AUGGUCUCUCUUCCGGGAACGCAACUGUUCGAAGCCACGUUUUUGCUUCGUCGCUGGAGCUACUCAAUCGAAUCUGCGUUCUUGCCAUCGACAUCGUGCAAAUCAAUCCUGCCGGCUUCUCACGCUGCCUUUGAGGAUCUAAUUUCCGACCCUCCAUUCCAUGUAGCUGCUACUGGACGUAUUCUGCGUGAGAAGGUGGACAGGAUAGCGAUUCUGGACAACUAUGAAGGUCUGCAGACAGAAGAAAAGCAACGAGCGUUGAAGAUACUGGGCUUUGUAGCCCAUGCAUACAUAUGGGGAGAUGGGAAUACGGAAAUCUUGCAGCAGCUGCCGCCUCAACUGGCUAUCCCACUACAUAGCCUGGCCGAGGAGCUGGGAAUAGCGCCCUUGGCAACCUAUGCCACCACAGUGUUGUGGAACUGCUCGCUCAUCCAGCCGGAGAGAGGAUGGUGCCCUGAGAAUGUUGAGGUUGACUUGACUUUCACGGGUACAAGCGAUGAAGAGCUGUUCUAUGCAGUCAGUGCAUGCGUCGAAGCUGCAGGAGCUGAGGCUGUUAAUAGCCUCAUCCUCAUUGCCUCAUCCAUUUCCCAUGCCCACGAAGCGGGAGUCCAACCAGACGAAAAACUCAUCGUUGGACUGUUUGACUGCACUAUCACUGCUCUGGCCCAAAUGGUGCGGCUGCUCAAACAAGUCCUCAAAAUGAAGUCUGAGUUGUUUUACUGGAAGAUGAGGCCAUACUUUGCAGGCUGGGGGCUUGUGAAGGGUGAAGAAACGGGGCUUCGUGCCGGAGUGCAUUACGCUGGGAUUGAUCCACCGGGUGAGACGAGAAAGUAUGUUGGAAUCUCGGCGGCUCAGUCAUCAUUAUUUCAGACCAUAGACGUGCUGCUGGGCGUCCAACAUGACGAGCAUCAGCAUUCGAUGCUUCGGAACGUACGAUCGCACAUGCCUCGCGAUCACAGGCACAUGGUGGAAGAGCUCGAGGCGUCGUACAGUAGUACCAUCAAGCUGUAUGUCGAAGGCACUCCGGCUCUGCUGCCUGCGUACAACGGCGUCCUGGACCAGAUCGUUAGGUUCCGCCGAGUCCAUCUCUCCGCUGCGACCAAAUACGCCGUGCGAGAAGCGGACCGACGGGGCAAGACGUCUUUUGGUCUUGCGAAGGGAACUCAGGCUGGAGGUGGCGCCAUUGGAGCUGGUGGAUCAGACCUCAAACCAUUCUUGCAAGGGCUGGUGAACUGCACCAGAGCCACGAGGAUCUCCACGUCGACGCUGAUCGAACGAUCUGUUGGUGAAUGA